UAGAUACGAUACAUACAGAUUAGGUUUUUGCUCUUGGAUCAUAGAGCUUCCAAUUGAUUUGUUCUUAGCUGCUGUUUUCAUUGAAAAUGGAUGCAGAAGUAGACAACUCAUCAAGAUUGUUUAAGCUGAAGAAAAGAAGAUCAAAUCGCUCUUGUAACUUGUUGAUAAUGGACUCUUUUUUGGGUCUAAUUUCCGAGAUCCCUCUAGAUCUCUUGGUCGAAAUUCUUAUCAGACUGCCACCAAAGUACUUGGCGAGGUUCAAGUGCGUCUCAAAGCAGUGGUCAUCCCUCAUCUCUUCUCGAUAUUUUUGCGCGUUUUUUACGAUCACACAAGGAAAACAACAACCACAUCUAUACAUGUGUUUGGUUGGUGAACGCGGUCAAAGUGAACUGCUGUCCAUGUCAUCAACGUCUCCAGACAACACUAGUUUUGUGGUCGACCAAGAUUUGAGGAUCCCAGGGAUGGGAGGCUACUACUUGACUGAUCUCCACGGCUUGAUGUGUUUCUCAAUGGGGGAAAAAGCUUGUAUAUACAACCCCAGCACCGGACAGCUUUUGACCUUACCCAAGAUAAAAUCUGACUUCAUAGCCGAUCAAGGUCAAACGAGGUAUAUUAACCGGUACUAUAUCGGAUAUGAUUCAGUUAAUGAUCAAAACAAACUAUUAUGCACCAGUGUUAUGUAUUCGUACAGUUUGUCUAAUCUGAAAUCAGAGCACUGGGUGUUUGUUCUAGAAGCUGGAGGUUCCUGGAAAAAGGUUGUUCCGCAUGAGAAUUAUCGUCCUCAUACCCCUUUCCCACGAGGACAGUCUAUCAGUGGAUCAGUAGUACAUUAUCUGGCGUGGCAUGAUAUGUACACUUGCGCGAUUGUGAGUUUUGACGUUAGGUCUGAAGAGUUAACUACCAUCAUAUUACCUGAGGAUGUCAGGGCUAAUAUAUCCAUUCCUGCACUUGCUAUGAAGGCAGAACUUAUAGAUUAUGGUGGGAAAAUAGCUAUUUUCGAACAUAGCAAGCUAAAAAUUGGGGGUAUGGUGAUAUUAUGGGUAUUGGAAGAUGCUGAAAAAAAGGAAUGGUCGAAGAGGAGUCUGGUUUUGCAGCCUUGUCAGAGGCAUUUAGUCCAGGACACUGAGUUUAUUUUAAAAGGCACAACUCAAGACGGAAAAGUUAUCUUGGCACCGGUGGAGAUGCAUUCUGGAUUCUACAUUUUGCGUUAUGAUUUGCAAAGCAAUGACUUGAGGAAAGUUGAAAUUAAAGGAGUACCAAACCGUUGGUUUGACAAAGAAUGCUACUAUGACUUGAGGUUGAUGAGUGAGAGUGAGAGGGUCAUCUACUUGGAAACUUGAGCACUAGCUCUUUUACAAUGUAUUUUUGUUUGAAUUAUUUAUUUGCAUUAGAAUAAAUGUGACUGAGUGAUAGUGAGACGGUAAUCUUCCUGAGACAUCCUUUCUUCUUUUUAUCCGUUGUCCAUUUCAUUUCUUGAAUUUUUUGGGGCGUUUUAAUUGACCUCCCAGCUCCCAUAGAUUUUACU